UCAGGGUUGGUUUGGCUUUUAUGACGAUGUCUAAUUUUUCCAGAAAAGUCCAUCUUAAGAAUAUUUUUAAAGUAACUAUUUGUGGUGUAAAACAGUUGUCGGUAAUUUUCUUCUUCUUCUGAAAUAAAGUGUAGGACAUAAGGGUAGUUGGUAUGAGUGAGAAAGUUACAGUACAAAGGGAGGCAGAUGAUUCGCUGUGCAUCCGAAAGACAUGAAGUUUACAUGGAAGAGCCAUAUAAUUUAUGAGAAAGAUCAACUGAGACUAUAUUUUAGAGAUUUAGAGAUGCAAUAAGAGAAAGAAAAAUGGAAGAAAAAAAGCACAAAAAAGAUAAAGAAACAAACAAUAAAAGAGUUAUUUGUAAACAUUCCUCAUGGUUUUUGCUGCAUUGUUCAGUGUUAUUCAAACACAGUAAAGGUAGUAUUGCCAGUUAUAAUAAGCAUAAUUUGUAAUGACAAAUAUUUCGGUCUGUGUGUGUGUUUUUAUUAUUAAAAAGUGUAAAAUUAAGUUUUCUGCAACGUGUGUGUUGAGGAUCAGCAAGCUACCAGAGCGCAUGCGCAGAGAUUUGUAAUCAGCAUCAGCACCCCUGCUGCCGCCGGAUUCAGGAAACCGGAAGGAUGCUGCAGACCGAUGGUUGGACGGUUUGAUGUCAUACCCGAACACUCCAUACAUUGCGUACGUUGAACUCAGUUAUAGAAGGAAUCAUGUUCCCCUCGUGCUAUCUGAAACCGGCGGACAGCGGCGGGAAACGGAGCGCGCUCGCGAAGCUGCUGCUCGGGGUCUUCGUGGUGUACGCGCUCCACACCGCCUGGUUGCUGUACGGCUUCCUCAACAACAAACCCUGCGACAGAAGCAGAGGAGAGCUCUGCAUUUCCUCCUACUUGCUGAACAGACCAAGACUGCAGCUGAGUGUCUUUACCUGCCUCGUGCCAGAGGACAGCCAACUCCACCCGGUUCUGAGGGUGGAACCCUUUGAUCCUUUCUCCACAUUUGAAAGAGAGGUGAAUGUGUCUCUGCCAGAGGAGACUCGGGCUAACGGCACUCUGUAUGCAGCUGUGUAUGUUCACAAAGUGGGAGUUUCACCUUUGGAAGACAGAAGAGAAGUCCACUAUGCAGCUCAGCUCACCGCCUACAUGAGUCCUGUAAACAAAGAGAGCCAGAAGGACUCUCAGAAGGUUGGAUCUGUCAGACCUGUGUCCCACUGGAGACCGCUCCUGUCAAUCACCAUGAUGUCAGAGGACUUCAGCUUCAACAAGGCGGGGCUUCCCAGUGACGUACGCCGCUACAUGAGAGUCUUUCAGGAGGGCAGACAGAUGAUGUACCUGCCCCUUCUGCUGGUCAAUGAGCUCAGCUCCAGAGUCAAAGACCUGAAGGAGAUCAGCAGCAGCAGCGAGCAGCUCCCCCUCACCGUCUCCUACGAGGGAAUCUCUCUGAGGAAAUUCCGCUUUUGGAUCCAUCUGCAUGACAUAGUUUACUCCCUUCGACAGUUCGGCUUCAGCGAGGAGAAUAUCGAUGAGAUCAAAGAAACUCUGGUCGGCUCCAACCUCUACCUGUUGGUGCUGACUGCCCUCAUCACGGCUCUGCAGCUCGUCUGUGAAUUUCUCGCUCUUAAAAACGACAUCUCAUCAUGGAGGAAAAAGAAGAGCAUGGCAGGAAUGUCCAGGAAGACGGUUUUGUGGCGAUGUCUCUGCACAUUGUUGAUUUUUCUCCAUCUGCUGGAGGAGACCAGUCUUCUGGUGCUGCUUCCUGUUGGACUGGGAGCAUGCGUGGAGGUGUGGAAGGUGUUUAAAGUCUUUAAGAUCCAGCUGAACAAGAAGUUUCAUAUAAAAAAGCUGGAUGAGGACGAGCAAAGGACUGUCGAAUACGAUGAGCAGGCGUCCAGAUACUUGUCCUACUUGGUGUACCCUCUGUGCAUCAGUGGAGCCGUUUUCUCGCUGGCCUACUUACGACAAAGAAACUACUAUUCUUGGCUGAUCAACAGUUUUGUCACAGGAGUGUACGCGUUUGGCUUUUUGUCCAUGGCUCCUCAGGUUUUCAUCAACCACAAGUUGAAGUCUGUGGAUCACCUGCAGGGGGCAGCAUUGAUGUACAGAGCUUUGAACACGCUGGUUUCAGAUGCGUGCUCUUGCACCUCCUUCUUCUCCUCCACUCCAUUCUUCUCCUCCUCCCACCAGCUGUCCUGCUUCAGAGACGAGCUCCUCUUCUUCCUCUACCUCUACCAGCGAAGACGCUAUGCCCCCAAAUCCAGAAAACGGGAGUCUGCUAACAAGAAAGUGAAGACCCAGUGAUGACAAGACAAAAAAAUCUGUUCAAGACUGAAAGCACAAAACCAUAAGAGGCCAGUUUAUUUAAAGAAAUGCUCAAACAGAGCCAGAAUAAAGACACUAAUCACUGAAUGAUUUCAGAGCUGCUGCUCUGCUUUAAGCAGCUGUAACGUUUAGGAGAUUCAGUGUUUUCUUGAAUUCUUUUAUUGAAACAAAUCGUCUUCUACUUGCAUGAUUCUGCUUUUUAUGCCUACAAAGUGAAUGAAACUUUCUUCCAAACUUCAGUGGAAAUGAUUUUUUAUUUGUCUGUAUCAAUAAAGAAGUUCUUGAAGAGUUUUCAAA